UAUUGUGGUUCUUUCAUCAGUUAUUCAUAAACUCACAAAAUCUCUUAACACACUGUCCCGCAAUCUUGUUACAGAAAUAUAUUGUUUCUUUUCAUCAGUUUCUCAUAAAUUCUCAAAACCUUCCACCACCCUGUCCCCCAAUCUUAUUGCAAAAAUAUAUUGUUUCUUUCAUCAGUUUCCAUAAAGUCACAAAAUCUCCCACCACUCCAUCCCUUAAUCUCGUUGCAAAAUAUAUAUCCUUUCUUUCACCAGUUUUUCAUAUAGUCCCAAAAAUCUGCCACCAAUUGUGUCCUUAAAUCUUAUUGCAAAAGUAUAUUUAUUUCUGUCAUUAGUUUCUCGUAGUCACAAAAUCUCCCAUCCAUCACUCACUUUGUUCCUCAAUCUUACUGUAAAGAAUGUCUAUUCGUACAAAUCCCAUGAAAGCAGUGCCUACACUGUUGAAGCGGCUGAGCACCAUAGAAGGACAAGCGAAUUUGGACGAUUUGAAGCCCGAGUUGAUGAACAUAAAAGACGUAUUUUUGUUAGUGAAGCAAAACAAAGAAGAACUCCUUGACACAUUAGCGGCCGUGGAUGGCUAUCUUCGCAACUCCAACAUGCGUAAGUUGAUGGAAGAGAAAGAAGACAUUUGCAGGAGACUAAGGACUUCAUUUCAAAAGUUGCUUCCAGCUGAUGCUGCUGCUGUUCCAAGUGGCGAUACAGAAGCUGUGCACUCAUCAUCAAUCAAACCAUUUCAAUAUGGGAGGAAGAGGAAAGAAGUCAUGAACAGAGUACACUCUUUUAGCCAACUUCAGGACAUUGAAAAGUUCAAGGUACAUUCCCAUAACCUUGAUCAUCUUCAUAAAAAACGCGGCUUAUUGUCUCUCUUGCUUUUUCCUGAAAAAACUGUCAUAAAGAAAAGGGAUAUAAUUACAUGGUGGAUGGGACUGGGUGACAUUCUGGGAGAAGGAGAUGGUGAGGAUGUGUUUGUUGAGCUUUUGCAUUGUAACCUAAUUGUACCACACCAUCAAGGAAAUUGCCCCCAUGUGAAUAAAUUUCAAGUUAAUCCAUGGGUCCGUAAAAACUUGAUGCCAUUGUUACAAAAAGAUAAAAAACAACUUUUUGGAAUUUAUUCACAAAUAAAAACCUCAUCAUCUCAUCACAAUGAUACUUUGUAUGGAAGUUUAACACUCGACAAACGAGAAGUUAAACUAUGUGAUGAGUUUGGUUUUAAGUCUAACCAUUGGAAAGCUGUUUUUAAUGUUAAUGCGAGUUAUCUUAAAUUUGGACUCCAAUGGAUGGCCAAAAUGAAGUAUUUGGAGGUGCUUCAUCUUGGCCGUUGGCCGCAACAUUCAGCUUCACAUCAUAUUGAAGUGGAGAAUGAAGAAUUCCUGAAGGAGUUGGAGGGUCAGAAGUGUUUGAAGUAUCUUAGCCUUCGUGGGAUAUCAAGAAUAUCUGAGCUACCACCCUCCAUUUUUCAACUUGAGAGCCUAGAAACCCUAGAUCUCAAGGCCUGUCACAAUCUAGAAACACUACCUAAUGAUAUUGCAUCGCUGAGAAAUCUCAGACGUUUGGAUUUAUCUCAAUGUUACUUGUUGGAUAGGAUGCCAAAGGGUAUUGAGAAGCUGACAGAGCUUCGGGUACUUAAGGGAUUUGUAAUAGGUAGUUCUAGCAAGAAUCCUUCCACAAUAUCAGAUCUUGCAAAUUUGAAAAAACUAGAGCAACUCAGCAUACAUAUAGGAAGUGGGGCAGUGAUUCAAGAUGGGGAGUUUGAAAGCUUAAAAGAGUUGUCAGCUCUUGAGCAUCUCAAAAUAUCAUGGGGUGUGUCUGACAUAAGGUAUAGUGAUAUGCAAAUCAUUUUGCCUUCAAAUUUGGAAAAGUUGCAUCUUGAAGGCUUUCCUGGAGAAAAUAUUCCAGAAUGGUUGAAACCUGACAAGCUACCCUUCUUGUUGAAAGAGCUAAAUAUAACGGGAGGGAAACUAAAAAGCAUGGAUCAUGGAGAAAUUUAUGACAAGGACCGGUACCCCUGGUUGAAGAUCAUACGUCUCAAGUACCUAAAGCAUUUGAAUGUUCACCUUACAAAUUUGCGAGAGAUGUUUCCUUCGUUAUGGUAUGUUGACAUAAAACAUGUUCCAAACUCCCCAUCCUGGGAAGGGAGCAUUGAAUGAAGAGAGCUGAAAGUGCAUCCAUGUUAUACUGCUAUUUGCACAAUUGUACAAAAGAAAAGAAAAGAAAAGAAAAGAAAAGCUAUUUACAAAAUUGUAUAUACAUGUUUUUAUAUAUUAAAAUUUAGAGUGUGCCUAGGUUUUAGAGUGAAGACAAAUUGGACCUAUGUUUUUAAUGUAUGACACUAUCUACACCUAUGUUUCAUAUAAAUCGCCACCCUCACAUAUUAUCAACAUUCAUCAUUGAUAUCAAAUGAACAAAAUCAUACGGCUGUAAAAAA